UGAUCAUGGCUGCUCACUCUACCGAAGAACCGUUCCCCUUUCACGGGCUGCUCCCCAAAAAAGAAACCGGCGCCGCGUCUUAUCUCACCAGGUUCCCCGAGUACGAUGGCCGAGGGGUGCUUAUCGCUAUCCUGGACACCGGCGUGGAUCCCGGGGCCCCCGGCAUGCAGAUCACAACUGAGGGGAAGCCAAAGAUCGUCGACAUUAUCGACACAACAGGCAGCGGUGACGUGAACAUGACCACGGUGGUGGAGCCUAAAGAUGGGACAAUCACUGGCCUCUCUGGGAGAACACUUAAGAUCCCUCCUGCCUGGGUCAAUCCAUCAGGGAAGUAUCGCAUUGGAGUUAAAAAUGGAUAUGAGUUCUUCCCCAAGGCUCUUAAAGAAAGAAUACAGAAAGAAAGAAAGGAGAAGGUGUGGGAUCCACCACACAGAGCAGCACUUGCUGAGGUCUCUCGCAGGACAGAAGAAUUUGACCUCACACACCCAACACCCUCCCAGAUAGAGAAGUUGCAGAAGGAAGAGCUGCAGAGUCAGUCAGAGCUGCUAGCAUCUCUAGAAAAGAAGUACAGUGAUCCUGGUCCUGUAUAUGACUGUGUGCUGUGGCAGGACGGUGUCACAUGGAAAGCUGUGAUGGACACUUCUGAGUGUGGAGAUCUGUCGCAGUGCACAGUGCUGAGCUCCUACAGAGAGUCACAAGAGUAUGCCACGUUAGGAAAUGCUGAGAUGCUGAACUACUCUGUGAAUAUUUAUGAUGAGGGAAACACACUCUGCAUCGUCACCAGUGGAGGUGCUCAUGGGACACAUGUGGCAAGCAUUGCAGCAGGUUACUUCCCAGAGGAACCGGAGCGUAAUGGUGUUGCUCCUGGUGCCCAAAUCCUGGCUGUGAAGAUUGGAGACACCCGCCUCAGCACCAUGGAAACAGGCACAGGGCUCAUCCGCGCGAUGAUUGAAGUAAUCAACUACAAGUGUGACCUAGUAAACUACAGCUAUGGGGAAGCCACCCACUGGCCCAAUUCAGGGAGAAUUUGUGAGGUGAUCACGGAGGCUGUGCAGAAGCACAAUGUGGUAUUUGUUUCAAGUGCAGGAAACAACGGUCCGUGCCUCUCCACAGUCGGCUGCCCAGGAGGAACCACAAGCAGUGUCAUAGGUGUUGGAGCCUAUGUGACCCCAGACAUGAUGGUGGCUGAGUAUUCCCUGAGGGAGAAGCUGCCUCCCAACCAGUACACCUGGUCGUCUAGAGGUCCCAGUACAGACGGAGCUCUGGGUGUCAGCAUCAGUGCCCCCGGUGGCGCCAUCGCAUCUGUACCCAACUGGACUCUCCGUGGUACCCAGCUGAUGAACGGCACAUCCAUGUCGUCUCCUAAUGCCUGCGGCGGCAUCGCGCUAGUCCUGUCAGGACUGAAACAGAAUGGGAUUCGUCCCUCUGCUCCUGCGGUGAGGAGAGCGCUAGAAAACACGGCUCUGAAGGUUGAUGACAUUGAGGUGUUUGCACAGGGCCACGGAAUAAUCCAGGUGGACAAGGCAUUAGACUACCUCACUCAAAACGCCUCUUUACCCACAAGCCACCUAGGCUUCUCAGUAACUGUGGGAUCGCAGAGAGGCAUCUACCUCAGGGACCCAGCCCAAGUUCUUUCACCCUCAGAUCAUGGAGUAGGAAUUGAACCCAUCUUUCCAGAAAACACCGGAAACUCUGAGAGAAUCUCCUUGCAGCUGCACUUGGCCCUCACAUGCACCGCCCCAUGGGUGCAGUGCCCCUCCCAUCUAGAACUGAUGAACCAAUGUCGUCAUGUCAAUGUCCGCAUUGAUCCGGUGGGGCUGAGAGAGGGAAUGCACUACACAGAGGUUUGUGGUUACGAUACAGCAGCACUUGGCUCUGGCCCCCUGUUCAGAGUUCCCAUCACAGUCAUUAUCCCAACCAAAGUGACAGAUAAUCGUAAUCAUGAGGUGUGUUUCACAGACGUCCACUUCAGACCAGGGCAGAUCAGACGCCACUUUAUCACUGUUCCUCAGGGAGCCUCCUGGGCAGAGAUCACACUGACUUCUCAUUCUGGAGACGUGUCGUCAAAGUUUGUUCUCCAUGCGGUGCACCUGGUCAAACAGAAAGCGUACAGAGCUAAUGAAUUCUAUAAGUUUUCUUCACUUUUGGAAAGAGGCUCACUCACUGAGGCGUUCCCUGUGCUGUCAGGGAGGAUAGUUGAGUUGUGCAUUGCACGCUGGUGGGCGAGCCUGGGCGACGUCACGGUGGACUACAGCAUCUUGUUCCACGGACUCAACACUUCUCCUUCACCCGUGCACAUACAUGCCUCAGAGGGAGUGACGAGUUUCGAUGUGGCAUCGCCUCUGAGGUACGAGGAGGUGUCCCCCGCUAUCACCCUCAAGUCAUGGGUUCAGCCCCUCAGGCCUCUAAGUUCUAAGAUAAAAGCUUUGGGAAUGAGGGAUGUUCUCCCAAACAACAGACAACUCUACGAGAUUGUCCUCACCUACAGCUUUCACCAGCCAAAGAGUGGAGAAGUUACUCCCAGCUGUCCCAUGCUGUGUGAACUGCUGUACGAGUCUGAGUUUGACAGUCAGCUCUGGAUGCUGUUUGAUCAGAACAAGAGACUACUUGGCUCAGGAGAUGCCUACCCACACCAGUAUUCUCUGAAGCUGGAAAAGGGCGACUACACAGUGCGUCUGCAAGUGCGCCAUGAGCAGUCCAGCGAGCUGGAGCGCCUCAAGGACCUGCCGUUUGUGGUUUCCCACCGUCUGUCCACCACCCUCACUCUAGAUGUGUAUGAGACGCACCGUGCGGCCCUCAUGGCCAAAAAGAAGGCCAACUCUGUCACCUUAUCCCCGGGCGCCGCACAGCACUUCUACGUCACAGCCCUGCCAGAUGACAAGAUCCCAAAAGGGACGAGUCCAGGAUGCUAUCUUUCAGGAUCCAUUGUUGUUCCCAAGAGCGAGUAUGGCAAGAAAGCAGGGCAGGCCUCUGCAAAACGACAAGGAAAGUUUAAAAAGGACAUUGUACCAGUCAUCUACCACUUAAUUCCUGCGCCUAACAAAACAAAGAAUGGAGGGAAGGAGAAAGACAAAGAAGGAGACAAAGAGAAAGACGUGAAGGAGGAGUUUGCAGAAGCCAUGAGAGACUUAAAGAUUCAGUGGAUGACAAAGCUGGACUCCAGUUCACUUUAUGAUGAACUCAAGGAAAACUACUCAGAUUACCUUCCCCUGCAUGUGCAAAGACUGCACCAGCUGGACUCUGAAAAGGAACGUGUGAAACGUCUGAGGGAGGUGGUAUCAGCAGCCGACAUCGUCAUCUCGCACAUUGACCAGACGGCCUUGGCUGUUUACUUCACCAUGAAGACAGACCCCCGACCGGAUGCUGCUUCCAUCAAGACCGAUAUGGAGAAACAGAAGUCGUCUCUGCUGGAUGCUCUGUGUAGGAAGGGCUGCGCUCUGGCUGACCAGCUCCUGCUGCCUCAAGACAGUGCCGGUGCUGUCUCCACGGGACAAGCUGCAGGAGAGGAUGCUGUCGAACAGAUGGCCAGCAGUUCUGACGACAGCCUGCAUGACGUGGCUAAAGCCCUGACUGACACAUUUUGGGAGGUGCAGAAGUGGGCAGAGCUGACUGACUCCAAGGUGUUGAUGUUUUCACACAAACAUGCUCUGGUGAACAAGAUGUACGGCCGGGCCUUAAAAUACGCCUCAAAGAUGGUGGAGGAGAAGCCCACCAAAGAGAACAUGAAGAACUGUAUCCAGCUCAUGCGACACCUCAGAUGGACGCACUGUGCCAACUUCAGUGAGAACUGGCUCCCUGUCAUGUACCCUGCAGAAUACACCCCAUUCUAGACACACACCACACCCACACACACACACUCAUGCACGAGCAGUACAUACAUGAUCCAUUACACAGUAACUUCGAUAUCACAUCCCUCAGGGUCACAUGGUCUAUGCAUCUGACCAACCAGCUGCUUCCUGAGAUUUUUUUUCUUUGCUUUUAAAUUCAGAUGUAGGUGAACGCCAAAAUGAGGGAUAACACUUGAGUAUAAUUGUUUGAUGGAUUAUAGGACAUUUGAAUGCCACCAACAGCAAAAUGGCAAAUAAUUCAGUUUCUCAUUUUUAAUUUUUGUUUUAUUGUAAAAACUCUUGAUGAGGUUCAUUGAUGCUGUCACUCAGUCUUUUCUUUGUUGGGUGUUUUCUUCAUUUUUGAGUCACCUACACAUUUGGAGGCUUUUUACAUCCACCCAUUCACAGCUGUCUGAACUCCAUAUCGCAUAAGUAACCUUGUUGUCUCGUGUAUAUGCUGUAUAAGGGCCAGUAUGGACACCACGGAUACUUCACAAAUCUUUUAAAAAAUAACUAUGACUCUAGUCACCUUCAACACACAUAAAAAACUCAUACUGGCCAUUAUGAUACUUCAGUGAGAAGACAGGAGGACUCGCUGCUGCACGAUUUUCGGACAUACGAGGGCAUGCAGAGUCUGCCUGGUUCCUGAAUUAAAAGGGAGGCUUCGGUAGAACUUAAAGUAUUUUUGUUUGUUUUCUGAUCAGUUGUUUCAGUCAGGCCGGGCUGUAAAGUAAAUGUUUAGUCUUGUCUUUUUUUUUUAGGCUUCGACUCAACCCGAGUACACAAUUUCACAACACAAAAACAGCUGAGGUGCCUUUCUACAUGUACCUUAUAAUUUUUGACAGGAGGAAAAAAAAGAAAGCAGUGGGAAAAGGGUUUUGACCCCCUGAAGCUGCAGAAUCAGUAGCGUUUUUAACACCAGUCAACACCCAACCACUUGCAGUCAUUUCACCCAUCAGCCUUUGGUGUCAAAUGUGGGUUUAAAAUCAGCAGUAUCAGCAGUAUGAUGCGUCUGUGCACUGAAUGCAGGCCAUCAGUGACCUGUCAGGUGAAGGAAAAGCCACAACCAGACUUUCUCAACUUCCACUCACCGCUAAAGGCGUUUCCACCAACUUCAUACAGCUGAGUGACCCAAACCGCACAUUUGACGACCAUCCAACAGACCUCACUAACACACCAGAUGCAGCUGCAUUCAGUUGUGAGCAGUAGUAGGAUGUUCAGAACAGAUUUCUAUGUAUGUUCACACAGUAUUAGAGACAUUUCUCUGCAGCAUUCAAAAUGUUGCACUUGUACACAGUGUCAUAAAAUAAUGUACAUACACACAUAACAUAAAAAAUAUUAAGAUGCAAUAGGUAUAUAAUACAAAUAUUAUUCUAAUUGAUGUAUUUUGCAUAUAUGCAUGUCUUUUAGGAUGUAAGGAAAAAGAAUAGUUUUAUUUGGAAGCAGAUUUUAGUUUGUUUCAAUUUCAAAGAUUUUUAAUCCCAAACAAGAUUGUUAUUUUCAUGAGUGCGUUUGUGAAUGACUUUGUGUGUAUUUGUGGACACAUUUUGUUUACAUGGAUAUUUUCUCCCAACUGAACUGAAAUGAUAAUUAAAAGCCAUUUUUAGAGGGUAAAACAUAAGUGACACCCCCCUCUGCCCAAAACAAAAAAAAGUUACCUUAAUGGACCAUACUGGUAGUUUUGCAUCUUUUUAUCUGAUUACCCUAGAAAUUUCAUGUAUUUUGAAUCACAUCAUAUAAUUUUUGCAAAUUUUGUUUUAGAUUUUUGGUGUGUUUUUCUGUUUGUUUCAUUCAUUUCUUUACAAUACAAUACUAUUAACAGACUUUUGAAAAUUGCUUGUAUUGUAUAAAUGAAUUUAUACAACACAGUGUAUACAAUAAAUGUGUCAAUGCAGUUACAUUGCAUUGAUUUCAAAAGUCGUCAGCACUGUAAUCUUUACGCUGCAAAGAUCAUGCAACUCUUGAUGUAAUGUUCACUUUGAUAGAUGACUUGAUCUAAUUUUAGUUUUUUCAUGCCAUAAAGAAAUGAAUAGAAACCAGUCUGUGUGAAACUGUAGUAAGAAAUGCAUGUAUUUCUAAAUGCUCAGCAAAGAUGUAAAAAUACAUGAUUUUUAGUUAACCAGCAGAACUUGUGAAACACUGGUAUGGUCCCUAAACAUAUCUCACCCGAAUUAUGUGACGAAUGAUGACACAUCUGUUAUAUAUUCAACUUUUAUCAUUUACGUAAAUAAAUCUUGUGAUUUCCUGUCAAGUCUGUAGAAUGACCAGCUUAAACAAAGAAUGAUUUUACUAUGAGACAUUAAUGUGAUGACAGAGUUUUAAAAGAAUUGAACAUCAUAACAAUGUUGAUUAGACAAAGAAAAAUGGUUUGUCCUUGAAUGGUUCCAAACAUGGGGCCUCUUGUGGUCAAGAGGUCGAGACGCCGUCCAUGAACCGCAACGUCCUCGCUUGUGUCGAGCUGGGGAAAGUAGAUCUAACUAACAGACUUGCAUUACUUUUCAUGACACACUCACUUGGUUAGGUUUAAGUAUGAAGAGGGCGAUGGUUAGGGUUAGGUCGGAGGUAUACUUGCUUUUAACUGAAGCCCCCAGGUACAGCGCUGGGCUUUGAAGCCAAAUCGUGUAAUUGCAACAUCAUGUGAUACUAUUGGUCCCAGAAGGGCUUUUCCCCCCAUAGACUUACAUUGUGAGAGAGACAUCUGUAAAUCAGUGGAUACAUAUUAACCCUGUGAAAUGACUUGUUUCACUAUCAGAAUUUGCAUCGCAUUUUUGAAAAUCUAGAAGAUCUGCAGGAUUUAAUCGUUUUGACCCCCAUUCAAGUUAGUCCGAAGUUGUUGUGUAGUUAAGUGGGUGUGUCGUCAAAGUCUGCAAGACUGCAAUUACACCCUUAUCAGCUGGGGAGCUUUGUUGCAUGUCGUUCCCCUUUCCUCUCACCUGUCUUUUCCUAUAAUGAGGGCAUAAGAAGUCCCCAAAAAUCAUUAUUUAAAAAAAGGUUUGAGUUUGAUAACCACUAGUCUAAAUAAAAUGACUCUAACAUUUGGUGACGCCCCUCCUGGAUGUGGAAGGUGCAAGAUUAAGAAUGUAAAAGCAGUUGCUUUAAGCCAAGGCCUUUCACCCUCAUGAAAGUAAAGAAUCUUUUCUGGGAUAACUAGACACACAGCCCAUCAGUGGUCACAACUCAUGUUUACCCAGGGGUAGGAACACCUUGCGUUUCUGUUUUUAGCAGCGACUUGUGUGCACUUUCUGCAGUGGCCUCAGCACAGGCAUCUCCAAGUGCUCAGCGGUUUACUGGAGUCAGUUUGCAAACUUCAAUCACCUACAGUAAUCUUUUUUGACUUCUUUCAUUUUCUGUGUUCCUGGUCCUCUUUCUCCGUCCUGUGUUUGGGUCUUGGUUCAGACAGACGUUAACGUUCAGGGCUCAGCUGUCUAAAGUACGCGUUGCCAAUGACAGUCUCUCCGAAAAUGGCCUUAACUUUCACCACAGGACUGUAAACCGUCCAUUUCUGGCACCAAACAGAAUUCUCAUAUCUGUCGUUCUCACUCUGCUGGUGUCAGGAAAGACUUGCUUCGUCUGGAUGUUGAGUGUUUAUAUUUAUAGUCAUAAAAUCUAGUAAAUGCCAAUAUUUUACAGAAUGUUAUGAGAUAAGGUUGUAUGCUUUUAGUGUUAUUUUAUACCCAUUCUUCCUCGAUGAUGUGUGGAAAAGACCUGAGCUACUGUCACUCUAUUUUGUGGUCACAUGGAAUUAAGUCACAAACAAGGAAAAUGACACUGAAUAAACAUUUGGAAGAA